GUAAACAACAAUGUGUCGACAACACAGACUGAUCGCAGUCAGUUAAAAAAAACAUGUUUAAUAGCCAAAGAGAAAGAUAAGAAAGCCAGGAAGGAUGAUGGAAGAUGCGAAUGCUGAGUGCAAGAAGUUCUGCACGGAAUGGGGACACUUCCACAAGGUGACUCGAAUCUUGGUAAAGGCAAUACGGAGAAUACACCACGGAGUGAGAGCUGAACAUGCGCAGCUCAAGGGAGACAUAAAGACUUCAGGUUUAAGAUCAAAAUUUUUAACUAGGCAUGAAACAGCCUUUAAAAAAGUGGUUAUUGGCCUGCAGGAUUAUGCGGCAAAUUUUCUGGAAAUGGAAAAACAGUUCAAAGAGUUAUCCAAAAAUAGUAGUAAAUAUUGUGAAAUUCAGUUUAAUAGAGUAGUGGAAAAACAUUCUCAGGUGUGUGUGCAACGAGAUACAAUACUUUAUUCUGUAGAAAGUAUGAUAAAGGCUCAAUUGAAAAUCAUAGCUGGAAAUUUUAAUGAAAAUUCAGAAAAUCUAGGGGAUGCUGGAAUCUUUAAUACAAUAGCUGCAUAUAAUGAAGUCCUCAUUGAACUCAAGAGAAACAUUCCAGAUAAAGAGGAAGAUGAAUAUGAAGAUGAAGAUGAGGAAGAAAAUGAUGCUACACUUUAUAGACUAGUAAUGCCUGAAAAUUUAAUUCCUCCAUUAUCGUGCUUGAAACAAAUCACGGCUUCUAAGAUACUACAGAUAGUUGGUCGAGAGAGGGCACCGCAAGUAACUAAGUGCAUAGCAGAUACUUUUAUGUCAGAGUUUAAGAUGCCUCCUGAAAAUGGAACAAUGUUACCCUGGAAACCUAUAAGUUAUAGUGCAAAAUCAGGUUUGCUGAAUGGUGAUAUUUUUGAAGAUGCCAUAGCAAAGGAAGAAGACGAAAACAAGUUAAAUCAGCGGAAACUUGAUAUGGCUCUUCGAAUGGAGUUUGGAGAUGAUUUUCCUGGAACAGACUACUUACCUGCAAACGAUGCUGGAGAUUGCAAUACACCUUUGAACUGUACAAAAGUGAAUACACUUAUAAAAACCAACACUGAAUUAUUAGAACAGCUUGUGGACAAGUUUACUAAAACUACAGGUGUAUUAGUGAAAGGAAUGGUCAAGCAGAGCAAAUCUGGAGAGAAACGCCUCACUAAAGCUGCCAGAAAUAGAAUUGAGACCUACUAUGUGGAGAGAGUAUGGGGUGAAGGUUCAGAGUUUGUGGAGGAACUUGUCUUAUGGGUCCCUCCGGCAGAAAGGCCUCCGCCCUUCCCUCCACCAGCUUUGCUCACACCUCUUCAGUUGUUUCAAUUACUUGGUAUCUUCCAACAAUACUGCAAUAAAUGCCUUAUACCAGAAUCUUGUUACACAAGUUGUGAGGGAAUAGUUGAUGAAUGUCGACAUUUAGCAACAACUUCAUUCAUUGACCGGAAUAUGGUCCGUGGUAUCGGGACUUAUGCUCGAUCGAGUCCUGAGCCCUAUAAGCUUUUAGAUGGAAAUUAUUCUACUAUAGGUGGAGAUGGCAUUGGUGAUGUGGUACAACUGCUGGUGUGGGAAAUUAAUGAGAUUGAGAGAGCAGAGGUUGAAAAAGAGCCCAAAGAUUGGCCUGUUGGAGAUGAGGUUGGCCUUAUCCUUAGACUUGGAGCAGUUGUAUCUUCAACUCUUUCGUGGCUUAGACUUCGAGCAAGCUACCUACUGCACACUUGGAACACAGCACCAUACUACCUCCUUACACAAGCUGACCUACCCAGGAUCAUUGAGGAGCUUAAGAUGCUUCGGGUACAAGAGAGAGACAAUCUCAUUAAAACAGAUGACUUGGCACGUCUUUUGUAUGCCAUGUCAAGAGACAAGCUUGUUGUGAUGUUGGAUAAGUUGGUUGAUUGUAUCAAGGACUAUGAACAGGAGACUGUAGGAGCUGUUAGUGCUGUCUGCCGCACAGUGAGCCUAGCCCAGCUGCAGAACUCUAUGCCACAUCCUCGUAUUUGGCGAGGGAUAGGGCGGAUCCCACAUGAACCUCACUACUAUGUUUAUGAGUAUAUCAAUGCUGUGUUAGAGCCAGUUUUGGAUGCUGUUUCAAAACUAGGAGUGGUUUUACAACGUCGAGCUGGAGCCACUGUUUUGAAGGUUGUUUGCUAUGCAUGGCUGGAACAUAUCCGUGUUCAAAAAAUAAAGUUUUCCCUAUGGGGAGCUCAGCAGCUCUUAAAAGAUUUCCAUGCCUUAGCUGAGUGGCUACAGAAAUACCCAGGUUUAGCACCAGAAGCUCGUACCCAGGUGUUGGCUGUUGAUGUGCUGCGAGAGUGUGAAGGUGUGGCUAGAUUGCUCAUGAGACAGCCCCCUCUAGUCGUAGGAUACACAUCUCAAAAUCAAGUUGUACCUAUGGGCCCCAUUACUGCUGGUCGAAAACAUGAUAAAGAAGUCAAGCUUAGCACAGAUAAUGAUGACAUCCCAGCAGAAAUGUAUGUACCCAACCAGCAACUGUGGCUGUCACUCAGGGCUCGGCCAGCAUCCUCAGUGUGUGUCAAAAUGGGUGCUUGUUGUUCUUGGCCAUACUAAGAGGUGUUAACAGUGUUUGUGAUCAGAUGAUUAUGCAAUUUCCCAAUCCCCUGGCUGUUACAUGUGAUGUUGCAAAGGUUAUUAACCUGUUCUUCAAUUAUCUCUUGAACUUAUUCUUUUCUAAACAAUUUUUCCCCUCAUUCAUGCACUGUUGGUACAAACUUCAUGCAUCAUGCAUAUAUAUCUUGAGCAAAAGGUUAGCUAUUAGCAAAGCUUUCCCAAAUUAAUAAUUCAUUAAUAUUACAUCAUUUGAGUCAUUAAUAAACUCAUUAACUGCAAGAAUAUGCAUUAGUUAGAAUGCCAUAAUAAGUUGUAAGAAUACUAGUCAUAUUUAUCACCAUGAGCUCUUACUAACUUAAAUGUAUUUAGUAAAUAAAAUCAAUGUAAUUGAUUUUACAGCAAUGCACAAAUCUAUAGUAAAUGCUCAUGAAUGAACUGGCUGUAGUGCAGACCUGCACUUUAUGGCUCAUAGGUGAGUAUUACAUGGUUGGUCAUUUAAUAUACAGUGAUAUUCCAUCAGAUGGAUAGGUUAGGUAUACUUUGUUGUAUUGUUGAAUUUUAAACUCUAUAAUUUUUUUACUAGCUUUAAAAUUAGAAUGCAACAACCAGGUUCAGUGUACCAGUAUUUUCAAAACUUUAGUUUGUUAAAUAUCAGCCACACAGUUUAGUAUUGAAAUUUGAUUUUAUGCAGGCAUUUAAUAAUUUUUUUAAAAAUAUGCUUUAGAACAUAGAAAUGUAUAUUAGGACCAGUAUUAUCUAGUAACACUGCUACACAAGGGAACACAGAAAAUAUAGUUUUUAGAAAAAAAAACUAAAAGUCAUAUAGGCAAUACAUUUUGUGCAGAUGUGGAAAUAUAUGGUAAAAAGAAGAAAUGCUUAGAUGCCAUAAUUUUCUAAUAAGUUAAUGAUCAUAUUGCUUUUAUUUUCUUCAGUGUCUUUUUUUUCCAGAAGUAAUUUAAUGUAAGAGAUGUUUGAUAUAUUGGUUGAGAAAUCUAUACAUUUUCCUUUAUUUGUCAGGUUAUUUGCUUCAUGUUAUAAUCAUAACAUGACAGAAACACCAUAAAGCAGUUAUUUGGAUUUUUGACUGUCUUCUUGUACAUUAAUCAUUACACAUAUAAGUUAUAAAAAUUAUGGGAAGUGAGAAAGGAGAAAGAAAUAAAAAGAUAGAAAUAAAGAAGUAAAGAUAAAUUACAAAGAAGAAAAGUCAAGAAAUGAUAAAUGAAAGGGAACAAAGGGAGAAAAGAAGAAAGAAAUUGAGUGAACUGGAUGAUAUGUAAGGAAGGAAAGUAAGCAAAAAGAAAAGAAAAAACAAAGCUUAAUAACUGAAUAAAGGAACAUAUAAAGACAGGAGAAACAA